AUGGCCAAUCCAAUGAACUGGUCAUCCUCACUAAUGUUGGUCUUGGCCUUGUAUGCCAUUGCUGCUCAUACAAGUGCCCAAUACACAUAUUCUCCACCAUCACCACCGCCGUAUGUUUACAGCUCUCCUCCCUAUGUUUACAAAUCUCCUCCUCCUCCUCCAUACAUCUACAGUUCUCCACCACCUCCUCCUUAUGUCUACAGCUCCCCUCCUCUUCCACCAUAUGUUUACAAGUCGCCACCACCUCCUCCUUACGUCUAUAGCUCCCCACCACCACCUCCUCCUUAUGUUUACAAUUCACCACCACCUCCACCUUACGUCUACAGCUCCCCGCCUCCUCCUCCAUAUGUUUACAAGUCGCCACCACCUCCUCCUUACGUUUAUAGCUCUCCACCACCACCUCCAUAUGUUUACAAAUCUCCCCCUCCACCUCCAUAUGUUUACAGUUCACCACCACCUCCUCCUUAUGUUUACAAUUCACCACCACCUCCUCCUUAUGUCUACAGCUCCCCACCACCACCUCCUUAUGUCUACAAGUCGCCACCUCCUCCUCCUUACGUCUAUAGCUCUCCACCACCUCCUCCCUAUGUUUACAAAUCUCCCCCUCCUCCUCCAUAUGUUUACAGCUCUCCACCACCACCUCCUUACGUCUACAAGUCGCCACCACCUCCUCCAUACGUCUAUAGCUCUCCACCACCACCUCCCUAUGUUUACAAAUCUCCCCCACCACCUCCAUACGUCUACAGUUCUCCACCACCGCCUCCUUAUGUUUACAAAUCACCACCACCUCCUUCUUACGUCUACAGUUCCCCACCACCACCUCCUUAUGUCUACAAUUCACCACCACCUCCUCCUUAUGUCUAUAGCUCUCCACCACCACCUCCCUACGUGUACAAAUCUCCCCCUCCUCCUCCAUACGUCUACAGUUCUCCAUCACCUCCUCCUUAUGUUUACAAGUCUCCAUCGCCACCUCCAAGCUAUAGCUAUAGCUCUCCCCCUCCUCCACUAUACUAA